AUGGCGAUCACCUACAGUGCCCUCACCCCAGAGGACCAGCAGCACUUCCUGACACACGGCUGGAUCCAUCUGCAGAACGCAUGCAGGCCCGAGGCGCUCGACUAUCUCCUCGAACACUUUUGGACACGGAUGGGCGCAGAUCCAAAGGACAAAAGUACCUGGCCAAAAUAUUCAAAGAUGCCCAGGCACAGGGAGGUCAAGAACGAGGACUUCUUCAACGAGUGGGCAUGGAAAGCUAUCUGUGAAAUUGUUGGGGGUGAAGAUAGGAUCGACGCCGUACGCGAGCGAUACCAGGGCGACCAGUUCAUCUUUAACGGCGGCGGUGAUGAGAGAAAGACGAACGAUCCGCGCUUGCUCUCUGGUUGGCACACCGACAACGACUGGUAUCGCCAAUUCAUCACCGCCUCGGGGAACGCUCUCACUCUCAUAGUACUAUUCUCUGAUGUUCCCUCUGGCGGUGGCGGAACAUGGGUUGCUGAGGACGGGAUCGCGGGCCUUUGUGAGUGGUUAAUGCAGCGACCGGAAGGGGUGGACCCGCCUUUCGAGAAGGAUGGAAUUUACGGGCAUGUAACGAGAUGUGCGAGCAUCGUUGAGAUAACCGGCAAGAAAGGUGACGUUUUCGUCACCCACGGCCUGUUGCCACACUGUUCGUCAGAGAACAUCCUGCGUAAUCCAAGGAUCAUCACCAAUCCGCACGUAAACCUAGCAGAACCAUACAACCUGGAUCGGGCGGAUCCUGGGGACUACUCACUGGUCGAGCAAGUCAUCCUACGCGCUCUCAACGUCUCCUGCCUUCCAGCAUCCAAGUACUCACCCACCCGCAGCUCCGCCGUCUUCUUUCCCGGCGCCUCGCGGGCGAAGGUCGCCCUUGUACCUGAGGAGCUUGACCGGCUCGAACGCGCCGCCGCUGAGAGUGGAGGGACGGUCCAGAGCCCUUGGCUCUCUCGUAGGGGGGCGGAAGGAACGGGUCGGUUCCCUAUUGAUAUGGAACGGGAGAUAGCAAACCUGGAUCAGGAUUCUAUCUCGCUAGAUACGCAAGAGGACAAGGACGGGCGCAGGGAGUUCUUUGCUUUCCUCCGGCGGAAUGGGCUGGACAGGCCAUGGAGCGAGGGGGUGCAGAGGGAAGAGGAAGAAAGGGCGAACGUUGGCUCUGGGCCGGCGCGGGAAGUCGGUGCAUGGAUGUGGCAGAGAGACGGAAUCGCGUGA